UGCGCGUGUCAGUGUACAGUAAAGGAUUGUAAACAGAGGUUCUUUCUUAUGCUUAGCUUCGUUGGGUUGAAAUUACAUAUUUGAAAAGUACCAAGGCUGUACAUAUUUGAAAAGGAACAAGGCUGAAUAAGAAAUACAUAAAAGGAGAACGUGUUCCAGUUAUAUUAUCAGCACUUAUUAAAUGACAAAAUACAAAAGAUUAAACGAUAAUAAAUUGUACAUCCUUAGUUGUUAAUCCCGUGAUUUAAAUAUGAGGUAUGAGUUAAAAUAUCUAUAAAGACGCUAUUAGCUUACCUGCUAUACCUGCUAUGGACCUGUCAUUGCGCAGUUGCAAAAAGUUUGUGCAUUUGGACCUGAAAGGGGCACCUCCUAGAAUCGGCUACUUAAUUGAGCUGAUCCAGUUAUUUGCUGAUCUUGGUGCCAAUGGCUUACUCAUUGAAUAUGAGGAUAUGUUUCCCUAUGAAGGAGAGCUGAAAGUUCUUCAAUCUACGACUCAGCCUCCAUACAGCCGUGAGGAGAUUGUGUCUAUCCAGGAUGCUGCCAAUAGUAGAGGGCUGGAGAUCAUUCCCCUGGUGCAGACGUUUGGACAUUUGGAAUUUGUCCUGAAGCACGAGGUGUUUAGAGAUCUGCGGGAGUUGGACUACUGUCUGGGCACCCUGAACCCACACCGUGAUGGAGGAGAUAGGCUAGUGCAAGACAUGCUACAACAAAUCAUGAAGCUCCACCCUAAAAGUACCAGCCUGCACAUCGGAGCCGAUGAGGUGUACAUGCUCGGUCUCGGAGAUGAAUCCAAACAGUGGUUAAGUGUUCCAGGUCGGAGUGUUCACCAGCUGUUCCUCAGUCAUGUCAUUAAGGUGGCAAAGGGCAUUCAGGAGAGUUCGCCCAACCUUAAGUUGAUCAUGUGGGAUGAUAUGCUCAGGUCCAUGAGCCCUGAGACCAUUAAAGAGAGUGGUCUUGUUGGAUUAGUGCAACCAAUGUUGUGGGAUUACAGCCCAACUCUGGAUGUGGAUAACACUGGUAAGUUGGUCAUGCUAAUGGAACGAUAUACGUCUGCGGGUAUGUCACAGCAGUGGGCCGCUAGCUCUUUUAAAGGCUCGACCACUGUGCACACCUGUGUGACCAGCACUCAGAGACAUGUGGACAACCAUUUGCAGUGGCUCAAAGUGGCAUCCAGCCUGUCAGCUGACAUUGAGCUACAGGGAAUUGCACUAACUGGAUGGCAAAGAUAUGACCACUUGUCCGUUUUGUGUGAGCUGAUGCCUGUUGGUUUGCCCUCUUUGGCAUCCUGUUUGCAAACUCUUGUGCACGGUGGCUUUACUGAAGAGGCUCAAAAGAAGGUGGUUAAGACACUUGGUACUGUGGAUGUAGGAGACACUGAGAGAUUGUCUUCCAGGACGUCUUGCUCCUUUGCUGGAGCAAAACUAGCUGAACUCAUAGUGAAACUGACGUCUUUGCUGGAGUCUACAGAGCUGAGACAUUUUCAGAACAAUAUGUUUGUGAGGGGCUGGUUCACACCCUACCACAAGCAAAAGAAGACAGUUAGCCCACUUAUUGCACAACAGAUUAAAACGCAAGCAAAAAUGAUUCUUGAUGCCGUGGAGAGCCAGGUGCAAGAGGUGAGAGGAGAGAUGUGUCUGCUGUACUUAGACUCUACAGUUCAGGAAUGGGUGGUUCAACACGUCACCCCAGUGCUGGAGCCACUGCACAACCUACUGAGAGACACUGAAAAUGUUUUAAAUGAAAUGGGACUUUGUACUGAAUCCAUAUCUUAAAGUUGGUCAAUGUUUCAUUUGAAAACUUUCUUUGGUUGCAUUCAAGCUAGACUGCACUUGCAGUGCAAUAUAAAACAGAAUGAAACAACUUAGAAAGCUUGUGUUUGUGAAUCACAGUUGUAUUAACUUAAAACAAAGUGCAAAAAUAAUGUUGUGUUUUGUAAUAUGUAAUGAAAUAUAACAUUAUUAUAAUAUUGUUUCAUUUAAAAUGAUUACCAACCAAUAUGUACAUAAAUUCAACAAAAAUCUCCCA